UUCGUCUCAAACCUCUCCUCCUCGUUCGUCGCAACGAGCCAGUCCCCAUCUCAAAGAGAGCUUAUAUAGCGGCCAGCGUGUGCGCAGCACUUUCAUUGCCGACCGUAUCGCGAUGCUGUAACCAGAGACAAGAUGCAGUGGCUAAGCGCGAUCUGCGUGUUGACCGCGGCGGUGCACGGUGGCGGUGGAGUUACCAAGACACCCGGUCUGUCACCAUUCUGGACGGAUGACUACAAAGUCUUCGAACAAAUCUACGGAAAGACCUCCGACCGCGAGCUUUUCGGGUCUACCUUACCUCCCAACCAGUCUUUCGGAGUAGACUUGAGUCCUUUACGAAACCAGGCCUCGGAGAAGAAGGAACGGUACAUCGACACUGAAGACAGAGACUUAGAUCAGCAACCAAGCCUUUAUUCUUUCGACAACUAUAACAAUCUUUUGACGAAGCAGAACUUAGAAGCGUUUGAUCCUAAACCAACGAAACCGUCCUUCAAAUUCAUCCCUUACAAUGAUUUCACACCCAUCAGCCAAUCUACCGAUCCAGCUACUUACAACUAUUAUAAAACUCUAGAGUUACUAGAGAAGAAAAAGAAAAUUGACGCGCUUAAAAGCUUAGCAGUCAAUAACUUCGCUCAAUUCUCUAGCUACGCGACCAGUCCCGAAGAUACAGAAGGGUACAAAAGCAUUCAGGAUAUUUUAGACGCUCAUGAAGGGAAUAAAGGGAAUAAUAAAAAAGUUAAUACUGAGCAUGAGAACUUGGCCAAAUAUGUGAGCUAUGGAGUGUCAAAGGCUAGAAGGAAGAAGCCAGCAUCAAAUCCCCGUUUUAUACAUAGCAACGAUAUUCAGAAACCGAGAUGUGUGUCAGGACGCUGUCGUCAGAGGAACACCUCUGUGAGAGUCAGAACGGGGCCUGUUUUGAGGAAGAUUAAGCAUACCAUUAUUUCUGAUUAAACUUUUAAGUUUGAUGUUAGAUGUAUAAGUAACUUGUGGAGAGUUU